GCUAUAGAAAUAUGUGUAUUGAGAGAAAGAAAAUAUAAGGGUGUUAGAUGAAAAACUAAACAAAGCAAAUGAGCUUUUGACAUAUGAAGUUUUCAAAAAAGAGAAAGGUUCAUGGCAUGAAUCAGCUUCUUUUGGCUUCUUUUCGUAAAAAUUAAUCGAAAAAUCUUUUUUUUUUUUUUUUGACAUUAUUCAUGAUCAUCUUCCUUUUUAAGAUAAAGAAACCACUUUUGUGGGGUGGUCCUUGGGGUUUUGCAUUUUAGGUUUAAAGAUAAAUUAAAUGAUAAUAAUUAAAGAAGUCAGGUCUUUUGAAUAUACUAUAUAUUUUUAAAGGAAAUCGGUCAAAUUAAAGAAUAAAGAAAGGGGUGCUGGUUGGGAUUUUGUGGCUAUUUAAAAUAAAUGGCGAGUUUGUAUGUGAACGCGGAGUCACCGGUGAAUCUGAAUCGUAACACGGAUUGGUUUAUGUACCCUGGAGUGUGGACUAUUUAUAUUCUAAUCCUUUUCUUCGCUUGGCUUCUUGUUCUCUCCAUCUUCGGUUGUUCUCCUGGCAUGGCUUGGACCAUCAUCAACCUCUCUCAUUUCCUAAUCACAUGCCAUUUCUUUCAUUGGAAGAAAGGAACCCCAUUUGCUGAAGAUCAAGGGGUGUACAAUGGGUUGACUUGGUGGGAGCAGAUAGACAAUGGAAAACAACUUACACCCAAUAGAAAAUUUCUAACUGUUGUACCUGUUAUAUUGUACUUGAUAGCCUCACAUACAACCGACUACCAACAUCCUAUGCUCUUUUUCAACACAAUUGCAGUGGUUGUGCUUGUUGUUGCCAAGUUCCCCAACAUGCAUAAGGUUCGAAUCUUUGGAAUCAAUUCAGAAUAUUGAGUGGGUUUCCUGUUAAGAACAGUUGGUUAUGCUGGCUAGAGACAAUCAUCAUUUUUUCCCGUAUGUUAAAAUGGGUAUAUAUUUGUAAAAAAAA